AUGGAGGGCGCCUUCACGCACGUGGGCAACCACCUCAUCUCCGACUCGGCUGCUGCCAUCAACGCCGGAGCCGACGAUCUUUCCGCCCUCGACCCCGACGAAAGCCUGCUCUAUGCGCAGUACGGCCCAGGCCCCAGCGGCCGCCGCCGAGCCGAUGACGACGACAACCAGACCGAAGCGUUCGAGGACGACGACAAUGAUAGUCUCAACAGCGUCCCCGUGGACGGCAUGAUGGGCCUGAAACUGAAGAAUGCCGAAGAGGAGAAGCAGCUCCCCCCGCACGCUUGCGCCUACUGUGGCAUUCACUCCCCAGCCUGCGUCGUCAAGUGCUUGACUUGCAACAAGUGGUUCUGCAGCGCCCGAGGCAACGGCACGUCCACCCACAUCGUCAAUCACCUCGUCCGAGCGAGACACAAGGAGGUGCAGCUGCAUCCUGAAUCAGCCCUUGGAGACACGGUGCUGGAAUGCUACAAUUGCGGAACGAAGAAUGCCUUUCUGCUUGGCUUUAUCCCAGCCAAGUCCGAUACCGUCGUCGUUCUGCUCUGCCGCCAACCAUGCGCCGCCAACUCCUCGAACAAGGAUAUGAACUGGGACGUUUCGCGCUGGGAACCACUCAUCGAGGAACGAGCGUUCCUUCCCUGGCUCGUCGCUGCCCCCUCCGACGCGGAACAGCUCCGAGCCCGCCAUCUGUCCCCGAACACGAUUGCGAAGAUGGAGGAGAUGUGGAAGAUCAACGCCAACGCUACCCUGAUGGACCUUGAGAAGGCUUCCAACAUGGACGAAGAUCCCGACCCGGUUCUUCUUCGCUACGAAGAUCCGUACCACUACCAAAACGUCUUUGGCCCCCUCGUCAAGAUGGAGUCCGACUACGACAAGAAGCUCAAGGAGGCGCAGUCAGAGGACGGCCUCAUCGUACGCUGGGACUAUGGUCUCAACAACAAGCAUCUUGUCAGCUUCAACCUGCAGAAGAUUGAAUCGGGCGAUGUCAAGCUUGCGGUUGGCGACGAAAUGCGGCUUCGAUACAACGGCGAGCUGCGUGAUCCUUGGGAGGGCGUCGGCUAUGUCAUCAAGAUCCCCAACAGCCAAUCUGACGAGGUCUGUCUAGAGUUGCGCAAGGCUGGAAACGACAAGCUGGUCCCCACCGAUCUCUCCCAUAACUUCUCGGCCGACUACGUUUGGAAGGCGACUUCUUACGACCGGAUGCAGCUUGCGAUGAAGAACUUUGCCAUCGACGACAUGACCGUCUCGGGCUACCUCUUCCACGUUCUGCUCGGCCGUGACGUUCAGCUGCAGCCGAUGAAGGCGACCCAACCUAAGAAGUGGUCUGCUCCUGGGCUCCCUGAUCUCAACCAGAGCCAGGUGGAUGCUAUCAAGUCGGUGCUGCAGAAGCCCAUCAGCCUCAUCCAAGGCCCGCCAGGAACGGGCAAGACAGUUACGUCGGCGACUAUCAUUUAUCACUUGGCCAUGACGACCAAGAACCAGGUCCUCGUCUGCGCCCCGUCCAACGUCGCUGUCGAUCAGCUUUGCGAGCGUAUCCAUCGCACCGGCCUCAAGGUUGUCCGCUUGACGGCAAAGUCUCGUGAGGAUGUCGAGUCGUCCGUCAGCUUCCUGGCGUUGCACGAGCAGGUGCGCAUGGCGGAGCACAAUACAGAGCUGGUCAAGCUGUCGCAGCUCAAGAACGACGUCGGCGAACUGUCGAGCCAGGAUGAGAAGAAGUUCAAGCAGCUCACAAAGCUUGCAGAACGCGAGAUUCUCCAGAACGCUGACGUCGUGUGCUGCACGUGUGUCGGCGCGGGUGACCCACGCCUUUCCAAGAUGAAGUUCCGUAACGUUCUCAUCGACGAGUCCACGCAAUCUGCCGAGCCCGAGUGCUUGAUUCCCCUCGUUUUGGGCUGCAAGCAGGUCGUCCUCGUUGGCGACCACAAACAGUUGGGCCCUGUCAUCAUGAACAAGAAGGCCGCCAAGGCGGGCCUGAACCAGUCCCUGUUCGAGCGACUCAUCAACCUCCAGCUUUCGCCGAUCCGACUCACGACGCAGUACCGAAUGCAUCCCUGCCUGUCCGAGUUCCCAUCCAACAUGUUCUACGACGGAGCCCUGCAGAACGGCGUUACGCACGAGCAGCGUAUCCGCAAGGACGUCGACUUCCCCUGGCCCGUUGCGGAGAUGCCCAUGAUGUUCUGGUCCAACCUGGGACACGAGGAAAUCUCCACCUCGGGAACCUCGUACCUGAACCGCACCGAGGCCUCCAACGUUGAGAAGACGGUCACCCGGUUCUUCAAGGCGGGCGUGAAGCCCAGCGAGAUCGGUGUCAUUACGCCGUACGAGGGUCAACGAAGCUACAUUGUGACGACGAUGCAGAACUCCGGGCAGUACAAGAAGGAGCUGUACAAGGAGGUUGAAGUCGCGUCCGUCGACGCCUUCCAGGGCCGAGAGAAGGAUUUCAUUGUUCUCUCUUGUGUCCGAUCGAACGAGAACCAAGGCAUUGGCUUCUUGUCCGAUCCUCGCCGCCUCAACGUGGCUCUUACGCGUGCCAAGUACGGUCUGGUCAUCUUGGGUAAUCCCAAGGUUCUGUCCAAGCACGAAUUGUGGCACAACCUGCUGGUCCAUUUUAAAGAUCGCAAGUGCUUUGUCGAAGGGCCCCUGACCAACCUGCAAGCUUGUUUGCUGCAGUUCAGCCGGCCCAAGGUCAGCUACCGCCAGAAGAACAACUACCAGUCCCAGUUUGGAGCGGGGGCUUAUGCCAACGGACGACACAACGGAGCGCCGCCAGGCCGCGACUUCAACGAUGCCGGCUCCAUGAUGUCCUACAUUCCCGACGACGUGUCGUCGAUUCAGGGCUCCGCAUUCGGCGGUGCCAACCUGAACUCGGCAUUCCCGCCCAUGUUCUCCAGCUUCACUCCGGAGCACUGGCCGGGACUUCCGGGAGUACCCGCUCCAGGACGUGGCGGCAAGAGCCGUGGACGGGCGACGGAGAGCAUUGCCGGGGAGAGCGUCGCCAACUCGGAGCUGACAGACGCGACGUCGAGCAUCCUGGGCGGCAAGGGUGUCGGACAGGGCGGCGUUAGUCUCGGCGCCGGGCUCCAUGAUGCCGUGACAGGAAUGCGACCAGUGUCGUACACGCAGAGCGACCGCUUGAAGCAGUACGUUGAGAGCAACGGGCGCAUGGCACCUGGAAGCGGGUACGGCCGCCGGUACGACGACGACGAGAAGAGCGUCAGCACCGCGUUUCACAGCCAGAUUGGCGGCGGCUACGACUGA